GGCGCUGUCAAGGCGUCAGCGCCGGCGGCUCCUCGCGGCCGGCCCCGAGCGCGUCCCUUAUCGCAGACAGGCACCGGGGAUCGCAUCAUUAUCAUGGGCACUGUUUGCUUUUCGCGGCGCUGCUGUUUGCUUUUCGCUCUCGCCUGGGCCGGCAGGUUGGCGGGAGGCAGCGGGGGCGCAGAUGUUGACGAGUGCGCAGAAGCUACGGAUGACUGUCACAUCGAUGCAAUUUGUCAAAACACACCGAAAUCCUACAAAUGCAUCUGCAAGCCGGGCUACAAAGGGGAAGGGAAGCAGUGUGAAGAUAUUGAUGAGUGUGAAAAUGACUUCUAYAAUGGGGGCUGUGUCCACGAGUGUAUCAACAUUCCAGGCAACUACAGGUGUACAUGCUAUGAUGGGUUCAUGUUAGCCCAUGAUGGCCACAACUGUCUUGAUGUUGAUGAGUGUCUGGAUAACAAUGGAGGGUGCCAGCAGAUUUGUGUAAAUACUAUGGGCAGCUAYGAAUGUCAGUGCAAAGAGGGUUUUUUUCUGAGUGAUAACCAGCACACCUGCAUUCAUCGCUCUGUUGAGGGUAUGAACUGUAUGAACAAAGAUCAUGGGUGUGCACACAUCUGCCGGGAGACACCCAAAGGUGGGGUUGCCUGUGAAUGUAGACCUGGCUUUGAACUUGCCAAAAACCAGAAGGACUGCAAAUUAACCUGUAACUAUGGGAAUGGAGGCUGCCAACACACCUGUGAUGACACAGAUACUGGUCCUGUGUGUGGUUGUCAUCAGAAGUAUGCCCUGCACUCAGAUGGCCGAACCUGCAUUGAGAAGGAUGAGGCUGCAAUUGAGAGUUCUGAGUACAAUACCACGUCAGUAGCUGAUGUGGACAAGCGGGUGAAACGGCGGCUACUUAUGGAAACAUGUGCUGUCAAUAACGGAGGCUGUGAUCGGACUUGCAAGGAUACCGCGACAGGGGUACGGUGCAGUUGCCCAGUUGGAUUUACCCUGCAGCCUGAUGGGAAAACGUGCAAAGAUAUUGAUGAGUGUUUGGUAAACAAUGGCGGCUGUGACCAUUUCUGCCGAAACACAGUUGGCAGCUUUGAGUGCAGCUGCCAGAAAGGCUAUAAACUGCUCACAGAUGAAAGGACCUGCCAAGAUAUAGAUGAGUGUUCCUUUGAACGGACCUGUGAUCACACCUGUAUCAACUACCCUGGAAGCUUUGAAUGUCUCUGCCACAAAGGCUACACCUUGUACGGACUGACGCACUGUGGAGAUAUUGAUGAAUGCAGCAUCAGCAAUGGUAGCUGUGACUAUGGGUGUCUUAAUACCAUGGGGAGCUAUGAGUGUGUCUGCCCACCUGGAAAGAAACUUCACUGGAAUAAAAAGGACUGUGUUGAGAUGGUGAGAUGUCUCCCAAAUGCCAAACCAGCUCCCAAGGCUCACUUGGUGUGCAGUAAGACAGGUGGCAUAGAGAGCUGCUUCCUGUCAUGCCCAUCCAACACUCUUUUUGUGCCAGACUCAGAGAACAGCUACACGCUGAGCUGCGGUGUCCCCAUGCAGCACGGCAAAGCGCAGCCGAGGCGCAACASCACCCUGCCCAGCUGCUCAGAUUCACUAGCCCCUCCAAUCAAGCAGAAAGCUCGUUUUAAAAUCAAAGAUGCAAAAUGCCAUUUACGGCCUCGCAGCAAAGAAAAAGCAAAAGAUUCUGGGAAGCAGGCUGUUUCAGGAGGUCAAUUCCCCUGUACAGACAACUGCCAGGUGACCUUUGUGAAUCUCAAGUGUGAUUCCUCCAAGAAAAAACGCCGAGGACGCAAGUCACCAUCAAAAGAAGUGUCCCAUAUCACUGCAGAGUUUGAAGUGGAAAUGAAGUCAGAAGAAGUCUCAGACACCUGUAACAUUGACUGUGUUCGGAAAAGGAUGGAACAGAAGCUGCAAACUGCAAUCAAAACAUUGAGGAAAUCUAUUAAUAAACAGCAAUUUUACAUUCAGUUUUCUGGGACAGAAUAUGAAGUGGCUCAGAAGCCAGCUAAAGCUACUGAAGGGCAUGAAGCAUGCAGUACAGGGCAAGUACUGCAGGAUGGAAAAUGUGUUACCUGCAGCACGGGCACCUUUUAUAGCGGAGAGCAGAAUCAGUGCGUUCCGUGCUCGCCAGGAACGUACCAGGACACAGAAGGUCAACUCACCUGUGAGCCUUGCCCAAGUAAUGAUGGCCAGGGAGUGGCAGGUGCCCGGAAUGUCUCAGAAUGUGGAGGGCAGUGUUCUCCUGGGCAUUAYUCUUCAGAUGGUUUUAAACCUUGUACAGUCUGUCCUCUUGGUACCUAUCAGCCUGAACCAGGAAGGACCCUCUGCUUUCCCUGUGGUGGUGGGCUUGUGACCAAAUACGAAGGUGCUGUUUCCUUUCAAGACUGUGAAACCAAAGUUCAUUGUUCUCCUGGACACUACUACAACUCCACAACACACAGAUGUAUCCGGUGUCCUGUGGGAACAUACCAGCCUGAGUUUGGUCAAAAUUACUGCAUCACCUGCCCUGGCAACACAAGUACAGAUUUUGAUGGCUCCACCAAUGUCACACACUGUAAAAACCAGCACUGUGGAGGAGAACUGGGGGAUUACACUGGCUACAUUGAAUCACCCAACUACCCUGGAGACUACCCAGCUAAUGUGGAAUGCAUUUGGAAUAUAAAUCCACCCCCAAAGAGAAGAAUACUCAUCGUAGUGCCUGAGAUAUUUCUCCCAAUUGAAGAUGAAUGUGGUGAUGUUUUAGUAAUGAGAAAAAGUGCUUCUCCUACUUCGAUUACUACAUAUGAAACAUGUCAGACUUAUGAGAGACCUAUUGCAUUUACCUCAAGAUCGAGGAAACUGUGGAUUCAGUUCAAAUCAAAUGAAGGAAACAGUGGCAAAGGAUUUCAGGUCCCCUAUGUGACUUAUGAUGAGGAUUACCAACAACUAAUAGAAGACAUUGUUCGAGAUGGCCGAUUAUAUGCAUCAGAAAACCAUCAAGAAAUUCUAAAGGACAAGAAACUGAUUAAAGCUCUCUUUGAUGUACUGGCACAUCCACAAAACUAUUUCAAGUACACAGCACAAGAGUCAAAAGAAAUGUUUCCAAGAUCAUUUAUAAAGCUACUGCGAUCAAAAGUUUCCAGAUUUCUACGACCAUACAAAUAGUCUAGUGGUAUUCAAUUUUUGGUUACUUUGCAUUCCUGUCAAAUAUUUUCUUUCCUCCAUAGUAGAAACUUCAGUUUCCUGAUCUGAAGGCUCUUUUUUUGCGGUCUUUGUUCUCAAUUGUUACGGAAAAUCACCUACAAUGUUUUAUAAUUGUUAAAAGUCAAUGUUCAGAAUGGGAUUCUUACUAAAAAAAAAAAAGAAAUCGUGCAUCCCUGAGUGCAUCUAGUUGUAGAUCCAAAUUUGUGUCUGCACUGGUGGAUCCUCACUUUCCAUUUGAAAUUUCACUGUGUAAAAAUAUUCUUUCUAGUUUUUUCUUUUUCAUCAACAAUAACUUUUGUCAAAGAAAGGAGGAAUCUAUUCAAAUAUGAUUAAACUACCUGCAGAAAAGUUCUGUUGUAGAAAGAAGUAUGUAGUAUAAAUGAUAUUUGGAUUUUGAAUUGCACUUGAAGUUUAUAUUUGAAUUUUUAGAAGAAAACAAAACAAUCUAAAUUUUGUUAUUUCUCAUUUGUGGCUUGGUGGAACCUCUGUCCAAGUAGAAAUCAAAAAUGAAAAAAGAAAGAAGAAGAAAAAAAAAAACCACAUGUAUAAUUUUGUUUUAUGAAUUACGUGAGAUUGAGUCCCAUGCCCUAAUAUAUCCUAAUGUUUUUAUCUGUCCUCUUCUAAACUUCUUCAGAGGUUUGCCACUGUUAAUUAUUUWAUUGAAACAGAUUUAGUUCUGGAUUUCUAUGCAUCAGUUGGUCCCUUUAAAGAYAUUUACAAUAGGAUAUGUGAGAAAUGAACAACACUAGUAGUCUUGAUUUUCUUUACAUUAAGAGAGCAUCUAAUUAAGUACGAUAUAUAAAUAUAUAAAUAUAUACUUCUAUUUGUGGGUACAUUAGUAAUGUUAUCUCUAGUUACUGUAAAUAUUAUUCAUGCUUAAAUCUUUACUCCCACACCCUAUUUACUCAUAUCUAUAUGUAAUUUCAUGUAGAUGAUUAAAUUACUUCUCCAAGUGCUUGUCACUUCCAUUAACACCAAACUGAAGCCUUUUGAGGUUUCRUAAUACUGGAUAAUGGUUUACUCUGGGACAAUCUCUUUCAAUAUAAAUUAUUCUAGGAAAAAUAGCAUCAGUUAAGAUGCAACUGCCAUCCAGUAAAGGGUCAGCUGUUGCCUGUUCCUUGGGACCCCUCCACAUGCAGACCAACCCAAUUACAUCAGGACAACACGUGUGACAGGAGCUCAGCAAGGAGGGAUUUUUGUUGGACCUGCUGUCUCUAAAACACUGGGAGCACACCUGUGUCUCAGACCAAGACUUCAGGGGCUCGGGAGGAACAGGAUACUGUUUUGCAGAGGAGUUGGAGGGCAGGUGCUGUGUCUGCAGAGACCUAGCACUCYGUUUUAUCCAGAUUUGUAGCCACAGUGCCCAUCAAGCACAGAGACUGCAGGAGAGCUUUAGCCUUGYGCUCAGGCCCUGCUCACAGAGCAACAGUGGGUUUGCCAUGAUGGUAAAUCCUGUGUUUCCUGCUGUUUCCUGGCACAGAAGCUAAUUCAAAUGAGAAAGGACCCUUCUUUUUUUUAUUAGUAUUUUGGCCUCUUUCCUUUUCAGUCUCUUCCUCUUGUAUAUCAUUUUCCCUUCUGAUUCUACAAGUUUAUUAAAAGGAAAAAUUAAAACUCCUGGCAGCAGCCUUUCAGAAAAACACUAACACACAGUUUUGGUUUGCUGCAUUUUUUUGCCUGUCUGCCUUGUAGCUGAACACAUCUUUAAAUGUUCUCAAAGACAUACAUUAGGGGUGGUUUUGGUUAUCUUCUUAACCAUUUUUUUUUUCUUUGAGCAAGUACUGUUUAAAUUUAUAGAGUUGGUUUCUGUUGGCUACAAGUUGUUAAAUACUUAAUUUUUAAGAGACACCCUAAGUAUUCUGUUGAGUUUUUCCUACUUAGCCAUCUUGUAAUUUUACUUGCCUUCUUUCCUUCUCCAUUGAAGAAUAUAAUUUUUUUUUUCUUUCUAUGCCUGAACAGCCUAAACUUAUAGUUUAGCAAUUCAUUUUUUUUCCACUCAUGGACCCCCGAUCUUUGAUGAGCUUUUUUUUAAUAUAUACUUUAACCCUUGUUAAAAAAUGUACCUUCUCCAUAAAAGUCCUUUGUUAAAGGCUGUUAGACCUAAUUUUUUCUUGAAGAUAUUAAAACUACUUUUAUUUAUUCUUCACCAAGGGUUGUUAAAGGUGAACACGGGAGAACAUCUCAUCAAUCCUGGAUUUACUCUGUGCCUGGAAUUAAAAAAAAAGUUUAAUGAAUUUUUUUCUUUAACAGUAGUUAUUUAUACCAAAAAUAGUUUAAAAAGCAAAAUUCUUUUCAGGUACUCAAUUAUGUAAGGAGUGUAUAGCUAAAAAACUACUUCAGCCAAGCAAUAGUCACAGUCUGAUAGUUUAUUCAGAGUAUUAUUCAGAUCCAUUAGAAUGGGUCAGGAUUGCAGCCAUUCURUGGAAAGAUAUGAAGGAAAAUAUAUGAAAAAUAUGGAGAAAAAUAACUUCCUCAUUUGGCAAAUGAUUUACAGCAAUCUUCAGUAUUUCAAACUUCAGUAAGCAAACUGURCAACCUGGUACUGUACAUUGAGUUUAGUAAAAUCCUUGCUAAAUUUUUUAACAACCAACGUGUUUGGACAUAAUACCACUGUAUGACGCUGAUGCCAGAGUCCAGAAUCCACUGGCAGCACUGUAACAUUUUCCAGGUUCUUAGCUCCAUGGGAAAUCCAGUGCCAGAGAGCAACCAUAAGAGGCACAUGUCCCAAUUYUGGCCACUGGUGGUGGGACCUUGGGGUGUGAGAGAUGAAUACAGGUGUGAGCAGUUUCAUUUGGCUCUGGUACCACUUGCCCUGACUGACAACAACACUGCACAAAACCAGGAUUUUGUUCAUUUCAUCCUGACAGACAACCCAAGAAUGAGUGUGAGCUCAUAUUCCCCAGAGCCACAGCAGGACAAGGCACUUGUGGACUUCUAUGGCAAACACAGUCUUKGUGUUGCUGAAGGCACUGAAGGAAAGAGAAUAGUUUAACCUUCAGAAGCUGACAAUUAAAUGCUUCUGAACAUACAGGGGGGUUAUACCUGAUAUAUUUAGAAAAUGAAACUGGUUUGAAUGCUUGCGACUCUGCAUAGAAAUGCUCCUGGAUGUGCAAAUUUCUAAUUAAAUAAGUAAUGAMAAGUGAUAUAAAGGACUGAUUUCAGUUGAUUCAUAGAACAGCACAGAACUUUUAUAUCAGCUCUAUAAGUUAUAAAUGCUUUGACUUUYAUAGUAGAUUUAUAGUUACAGUCACCAAAUAGAAGGAUGCCUUCAUUGUCAAAACCAGAGAACCUGUUGCUACCACAUGACAACAACACAGCAAGGAAUGUCUUCUAGAGAGAAGAYAUAGACACAUUUGGUAAUCAAAAACCAUACAAGGAGAAAGAAAACCAGAUUCAUGAACGGGGCUGAAUAUAAAAUUUUAUUUUUUACCCUGAAUAUGAAAUACUGCARUUGAACAUAUCAAUAUAUGCAGCCCUAUAUCUGUUCUUACAGAAUUACACAUUGUCUGUAUGACAGGUGCAACAACACAUUUAUGUGUUAUUACAGAUAGAUGAAAGAAGUGUCCAUUUGUGAUWGCCCAAUUCUGUGGCACAGAGCUCUUUAUUAUCAGUUUGUAAAUGCCUAUAUUCUUAAAGCUGCACCUGCAGCACUUAACAUUUUAAGCCUAUUGUUCUGCUUUAAAUACUGCACUUAUUUUUAGUGAGGUGGUGGUGAAUCAUCCUUAAACAUUCUCACAGGCCACCAAAUCACUGCCCGCACCUGCUGCAGUCCAGGACACUGCAGCAAUCACAAGUUGCUCAUCAAGCCCUGAGUUGUGCCUUGAAAGCACUGAGGACAAGGUGCCUCUGUGUGUUUUUGGAAUAAAGGGAGGGUCAGSAUUCCCUGUUCAAUAGGUUGCCACCUCUGCUGCCACACUGCAUCUUGCCUGCAGCAAAAAAAUUCAAUCUGCCUGAAGAUUUAGCUCACUGAAACGGAAUUUAAAACUCCUGAAGUCUUUCUUUUAGCCUGCUUUCUUGUCCUGUCUUCCUUCCUCUAUCAUACAUUAGAUUUUUACCUAAAGACCAACUUUUCAAAAGAAAUUUAUUUCCUUCUUUGCGCUUCCCUCAUAGAAUAAAGUUAUGACUAUUUAGGAUUUAGACUAGUCAGUUUCAUCCCAGAGUAAUCUUACUUAAAAGGAAAUAAAGUUUUACUUACCUUGUAAGCCAGGUGUAGUUUAGUUUAGUUUUAGACUAGCUUAAAUAAAUGUGGGAUUGGUCAGAGGGCUUUUAGAGGGUCCACAUUCUGAGUUGUCAGUGGGUUUUAAAGAGCACAGCUCACCKGUAGUCUUGUCUUGAGCAUAAAGCAAAGAUGCUGCCACAUGCAUGAAAAACAUCCUUUACAUGUGUUUAGCAUUCCAAAAGGACGGUCAAACGUUACCCUGUGCUUCUUUAUAAGCMUGCCCUACAGAUUCAAAUUUCUCACAUCCAGUUUUAAUCUUGUAGAUAACAGGUUAGGAAAUUCAGGAGCAAAAUUGUGGUAUGAUUCUUAUACAGGAUUUGCUGACAGAUGUUUGACAGCAAAACCACCUGCUUCUGUGACAGUUCCCAUGUUUGGACUCUAAAUACCUUUGAAUGCUCUUAAAAAAGAAGCUGGAGUGAAAUCUUCAGCUGAACCCAGAGGUAAAUUUCUUAGCCACCUCAGGGGUCUGGAYGAUUUUUUUAGUGAUGGGAAUGAGUGACACACACAAUUCCUAACAUCUAUAUCAUGAUUUCAAGUAGUUGCAUUUUUUCGUAGUUUAAAACCACUGAUUGACAGGAAUGGGAGUAACUGAAGGAGUUCUUGUAGAAUCUCUGUACUUUGGGACUUUAAUGAAGUUGUUUUCUAGAAUGAGAGUCUGUUGUAAGCACUUGGGAAAAKGAAUACUUUUGUCUUCCAUAAGAAUUUAUGGAAGAAGGGAAAUUUCUGUAAGGUACUGUGAACUUACUCCUCAGCAUGAGAUUUGAAUUCAGACAAGUCUCUAGUUUUAUCUCUCAUCUGAAUAAAAACAGACUGGGAAAUAAACAACGUCAAAAAACUGUCAUCUAAGUAUCUGAAUAUAUACAAUUCCAGUUUGUUAUGUCAUUUAUUUAUUCUUUCAUCAUAAAGCUUUUAAUCUAUAAAAUAUGUAAUAUACAAGAGUAAAAUGUACAGACGUACUUUUAGAUGUAAUAAUUUAAACCAUCUGUAUUCAGAGAGCAGAGAUAACAAGUUUAAAGAUAUACAAACAAUUGCAAUUCAAUUUUCUCAAUAUCUAGAAAAAAGUGACUUUGAUUAAUUAAACUUUAUUUUAAUUAUUGUGAAAAUAUCUUUUUUAGAGUUUGGUUUUGUUACUUUUUUAAUUAAAAUUAUUUUGUAAAUAUUGUUUUCURUGUUUUAUAAGUUAGAAAGGCCAUUCAUUUGCAUUUAAAGCAGCAGGGACUCAACGUGUUGAUUAUAAAGAUAUUUUAGGAGACUGGGGUGGAUGUGAGCAGUUGCCAGAUUUAUCAUUCUGAAUUGCACACCUUGUUAUUUCUUCAGUCUCACUGGCAUCACAGGAAGAGUUUUCUAGAGCAAUGUAACAUGCUAAUUUAAACAGAUUUGAUUAUCAUUCUAAAGUGCUUCCCAUUUUCAUAACAUACAAAGAAUAUGUAUUUUAAAGUUAGUGCUGGUUCUUCUUCCAUUGUUAGGAUAAGAAACAACACAAAACUCAGAAAUAAAAGGGAAUUCAACAGAUUACACCCAUGAAUAGUGGAAAGACAAGAAAGCCUUCUCUAUGCUCAUAUGGAGCAGUGGAAGUCAUGAAACCUCACACUGGAUCAGAUCACAGAGUCUUUUUUAGGCAAAAUCACUGAGGUCAGUGGUAUUUCAGCUGCAUGAAAUUCAUUAUGAUCAUGUCCUUCACCAGUUCAAGCAGGAAUUUCUGGCAGGCUGGCUUUCAGGGAAAACACACGGAGUGUAAUACUGGUUUCUGCAUCAAUUUGCUCCACRUAAACCACUGCGCAGGAAUGAGAUUUUAAACUAAACUGUUGUAGAUGCUGCUGGGACUUCUAAGCUUUAUUACCAAUGUAAAUUGUGUACAAACAGCUAUUUCCAUAUGAAAUGUACAAUAAUAGUUUAGAGCAAGGAUAGUGAAUAACUGUACAAAAUUUGAUACUUAGAAAAUAAAAUACAGUGCUAAGCUUUACCAAUAUUUUAACAAUUGUCAGAUUUAUAGUAGAAAAUGUUGUUGUAAAUGUACCUUAUAAGAAAAUACAUCUCCUUUUGCCUCUGUAUAUUAAUAGCUUUGAUUUCUAUGUCAAAGUUAAAAAYGAAGCAUGUAAUAAAACUUUUGUUAAAAUCACUUUCAUAAUAAACAUAAAAUGG